AUGAUUGCAGAGUCUUCUUCUGACAAUUUAUUCAGUCACAUACCAAUUGCCAUGAAAAUUAUUCCGUUGGCUGUGCAUUUUCUUGUCUUUUAUUUACAACUUUGCUUGUCCGCACAUACCAGUAACAAUGGAUCCUUUAACGAUGAGCAUGAGGCUCUGCUUGUCUUCAAGAAUUCCAUCACUUCUGAUCCAAACAAAGUGUUAUCAUCUUGGGAUGCCAACACUAACGUCUGCAAUUGGACAGGCAUUUCAUGUAACAAGUUGAUGAGAGUGACUGAAAUUGAUCUUGAGAGCAUGGGUUUAGUAGGUUAUAUUUCUCCCUUCUUGGGAAAUCUUUCCUUUCUAGAGUCUUUAAAUGUCUACGAUAAUUCUUUCCAUGGUGUUAUUCCAGAGCUCUGCCAGAAGCUUAGCAACCUGCAAGAGCUGCGUCUCCCGGUGAAUCAGCUUACUGGGUCAAUACCGACAUCCCUAAGAAAUUGUUCCAAUCUGAAAGAAUUACAUCUGUGGGGGAAUCAGCUUAGUGCGCCAAUACCAACAUCUCUAGCAAAUUGUUCCAAUCUGCAAGUACUGAAUCUGCGGGAGAAUCAGCUUAGUGGGUCAAUACCAUCUCUAGCAAAUUGUUCCAAUCUACAAGUACUGAAUCUCUGGGGGAAUCAGCUUAGUGGACCAAUACCAUCUCUUCCAAAUUGUAAUCUGCAACAACUCAGUCUGGAUCAGAAUCACCUUAGUGGGCCAAUACCAACAUCUCUAGGAAAUUGUUCCAGUUUAGAACAAUUGAGUCUGAGUGAGAAUCAGUUUAGAGGACCGAUACCAACAUCUCUCGGGAAUUGUUCCAAUCUGCUAAUACUGUUUCUGUGGGGGAAUCAGCUUAGUGGGCCGAUACCGACAUCUCUUGGAAAUUGUUCCAAAUUGGAAAUUCUUUACCUCACUUUAAACAAUCUCACAGGCACUGUGCCUCUCCAAUUGGGAGAAAUUCCUAAAAGGGGACCGUUAACAAAUCUCACGGCGCCACCAUUCAAAGGAUACCCUGGACCAUCUGGAGGCUUCUGGCACUUCCAUAAAUUGUUUAAAUACAUGAUUUAUGUUAUCCCCGCUCUAAUCAUGUUUGGCAUAUAUGUUUUAUUUCUGUACACAUAUUUAUUUCAGAAGGGGUCUGUGGAGCAACCAUCAAUAGAGUUUCAACAUCCAAGAAUCUCAUAUAAGGAGCUCAGUACUGCAACUAGUAGAUUUGGCAAGGGCAACUUGCUAGGAGUUGGUGGCGUUGGCUCUGUAUAUAAAGGAGUUUUGGAUAAUGGAACAUUGAUAGCUGUUAAGGCUCUCGAUUUGGAAAAUGAAGCAGCUCAUAAAAGUUUCAGCAUUGAAUGCCAAGUGCUCAGUAAAGCCAAACACCGAAAUAUAAUAAAAGUCAUAACUUCAUGCUCUAAUCUUGACUUCAAAGACACGAUUACAGAUAGCCAUGGACAUUGCCUGUGGUUUGGCAUAUCUCCAUCAUGA